UUGCAGGACCAACCAUUGAACGUCACCACCUCGUUGGAAGCCCAUUGCCGAGUUGUUUCACAGACUCAUCAGGCGUUCAUCAUCCGCAACCGUUCGUAUGAUCGCUUUGCAGGAGGUGCAGCGUUUCGCGAGGCUUCCCGCCCGACUUUUGGAGGACGUCUCACACGAAGUGCUCGUUUUGGAGAUUUGACGAGACUUCCUGUCGCACUUUUGGAGGCCUCAGAGCGGACCCAACAGGCCCAAGCACUUGGUGCCCAGAUCGACAGGCCAACCAAGUUGGUGGGUGGUUGGGAGCAGAAACGGCACGGCGUUGCAGACGUUUCCGCGACAAAUGGUGCGGACGCGUAUUUGAAGUUUCUCCACCGUGAAAUUGCUGCGCAGAGAGCUUUCGUGAGGGACAUCAAGAAUGCCAAAAAGAAUGCCAGAAAGGAGUCGCAGCCCACAAAGCUUCAAGGGCGGAAAGACUUGCAGGGCGGUGGUCAGCCUCAUGCAGAAUCUGCUUGGCAUUGUGUUGUCUCCCCCGUGAAUCCACAAGUGCGCGUGGCUUUGGAAGCCCUUAUCUCUCAACAGGCUUGGUCUCUUCCUGGACAGCAGUUUGCUUACUUGUAUUCGCUUGGCCGUGCUAUCCAGAACAGAACAGUGCCUGCGAGACACCAUUUUGAUGCUUUAGUAACGCGAGAUGCUGCUCGUGAAGGAGCGCUCUCGCCGCUGGGUUUUGCCCAACGUGCAUUUUUCUGUGACAAGAGCAGCAAGUUGUCAGAGGUCAUUGCUUCACCGUUGGGCUUUGGGGCGGUCUACCAGGACAUGGCCCUUCUCGUGGCGUUGGAGCUCAGGCAUGCUGAGCGCUUGUGCUGGCCCGAAGCAGCCACUAUGACAGGGCGGACCAUUGUGACCGAGAUUGCUCUUGGUCGCUGCCAUACAGCGCGAUCCUCGCUCCAAGGACUUGCAGGCGCUGUUCCUUUGGCGCGCUUACAAGCAGAAUAUCAGCAAGGUGCUGAUUCUGUGUAUUUCCCACACUUGGGAAUUAUUGCCAUUCUCAGUCAGAGGCUUGAGCGGCUCAAUAGCCCAGCUCAGGCUGCACACAUUCCAAAAGAUUCGGUUCAACCAAGCCUUUACGCAAACAAGCUAGAUAGUGACCAGAAUGCUUCACACAGCACAUACGCAAACAAUGGGCUGCUGCAAAAUGUAAUCAGACAGUUACUUUACAACUCUUUCUUCAAUCUGCUCAAUCUAGGUAAGCUUUCAAGCCACAUAUAUAUAUAAUUUGCAAGUGACAAACACAUUUUUGGUCAUUGACUACUUGCUGGUUGUUGGCAAGGUCUUACCCAAGCAGCACUUAUUUCUUGCACCAAGUCAUCUAACAACUGCGUUAAUCGUGCCUCUUUGCUAGUUAACCUGGAAGAAUCUGAAGUACAAGAACUCGCCAUCCGCCCCCCCCACCAAUCAACUAAGGGUCACUAGGAUGUAGGCCUUUACGGUUCAAGGUUUUCGGUUUUAGAGUUUAGGGUUAUCCACUUUGAGUCCGCAUUGCACUUUUAUUUGCAUGGAAGAAUUGUAAACUUGAUCAUUAUUGAACCGUAAAACAUCAAUUUCAAUAUAGCCGCCUUAGCAUUGUUAUUCACCGGUUUCCCCUAAUGUUCGAAAAUAUCAUCAUCCGUUCGCCACAACCGAUGCCAAAGCCUGGCAUGACGAAUGCCCGUUUGCGUUGUUAUUUGCAGGGAAUUGAGUGCCCCCUGAAAGCUCCGGUUCACGGUGAGUUCUGUGCCAAAUCCUUACAAGGAUUUCUUAAAAGAGUAGUCGUCAACGCUUGCUGGGCCCCCCUGAGACAAAUUCUGAAUCGAGGUCCUUCGAGGGCUCUUCCUGUUUUGCUUGCUGAGUACUCUCGCAAAUUUGUUGGUGUGCCAACGCUGACAGCAACAAAGUGAAAGGCUGACUGCAUAAAUGCAGGAAUUCAUACGUGGCUGCGUGCCUACCAAUUAGUUGAACCACAGGGAGAAUGACAGGCCGUGAAAA